CGUUAGCAUUGCAAGAUCAUUUUCACGUUAUCCGCUUCUAUUCCGUUUUGUAGUUCUGCGUGCUGCGAGUCGGGCGCUGUUUAUCAAACUCUCUGAUUGAAAACUCCGAUUAUGCAUUAUAACUGUGUUUGUUUCGAUUUCAAUAAAGCUUCGAAAGGAAAUAUCGAUUAAGAAUCUGUAACUGGCGCAUGCACAAUUGUACAAUAUUUACUAUUGCUACUUUCAUAAAGUGUGAUGAAAUCGCUCAUUUGAGUGUUGAUACGUAUAUAUUUUAUUUUUUUUCAAAAAUGUUAAGGUAGAACAUUAAUAUGUGGAAAUAAAUAUAUAGUUCGUUUGUUUGUAACUACUGCUCAAUGGGAUCGAAAAUAUCUAAUUUAAUUUCAUCUGAGCCUAAUGCUGAAAGUAAUACCGGCGAUAGUUCAGAAUUUGAUUAUACUAUGAGUUUUGUAAAUUUUUCUAUACCCGAUGAUUUGUUGAUUGAUAUUUUAUCUUACGUCCCUGCCGAGGAUUUAAUUAAAAACUGUAGAUUAGUUUGUAAAGACUGGAAAAGUAUAGUCGAUGGCCAUAGUGUUUGGAAGUUAAAAUGUAAAAGAGAAAAAAAGUGCAUUCCGUCGAUCUCAUUGAGGAACAUUCCCAAUCACUACUAUGAAAAGAUUUAUAUUCAUGAUCCAUAUGGCAAGAAUCUUAUUCAAAAUCCAUAUGGGGAAGAGGGCCUGGCUAAAUGGGUAAUAACACGCAACAGAGGAGAUGGAUUUAUUAUUGAGAACCCUCCUGCUGGAGCAGAGCCUGUGCCGCAGGAAGUUGGUUCACAGUCAUGUUUUGCUACAACAUAUUAUCCUUGUAUGAAGCAUCAACUUAUUGAUUUGCUUGAAAAUGGCAUUUCUGAAGAAAUUUUACAGGUGGAAACUACAAAAAUAAAAAUUGGUGAAUGGUUUGCUGCUCGUUUUGACUGUGCUUCUGAAUAUCAUUUGUAUGUAGCCCUGUUAAAUGAAAAUUAUCAUGAGAAUAUAACAUCAUUCCAUGAUUGCCUGGUAGAUGACUUUCGAUUUAAAUACAGAGAAGAACAGUGGGUUGGAAAAGAAUGGCAUUCGGUCACUCACACUUUUGAAAAUGUUGGGUUAGCUCGUUAUGUUUAUUUUCAGCAUUAUGGAAAGGACUGCCAGUUUUGGGCUGGACAUUAUGGAAGCAAAAUGACUGGUGCCUUUGUAAAAGUUGUUGCCUAAUUAUGAUUAAUCUUCUUGCCUUAGACACUGCAUUAAAUUGAAAUUAUUUCCAUAGUUUCAUGGGCUAUCAUAGACUUUAAAUAAAUUCUAAUAUAGUAUUUAAUUAUUGUAUAUUUUUAUAGUAUUGUGUUUGAAUACCACGUGCUUUGUUGCAAAUGCAUUUGAAUGCAUUCCUAAGUGUUGGGUUUCAACAAGUGUUAAAAAUAGCUCAUAGAUUGAGGAUUAAGAAAGAAUUUCCUUGUUGAAAGAAAAUUUAAUUUUUCUAAUUCGUGUUAUUUUCAGCUUCAGAUAAUAUUAUAAAUUAUAUUUGUGUAUGUGUGUGUGUGCAAAGUCUAUUCUUUAAUUUAUUAAAACAUUAAUGCUCUAGGUUGUUUUUAAGAAACUUAUUUCUUAUUCCAAAAAUGAAGCUUAUGUAUUGUGAUAAAAGUUUUAAAUUGAAUGUUUUAUAAAAAUGUAUUAUGUAUAUUGAUAAAAUCUAUUUUAUUGGACAUUAUUUAAUUUGUUAAUAUCUUAAAAUUUUUAUAAAGUGUUUUAUAUUAAGAAAAUCAUGUCUACAGAAGUAAGGCUGUAUUUUUAUUCUUAUUAGUU